AUGGCCCCAGCAACCAAAGGGAAAGCGAAGAAGAAGUGGUCGAAGGGAAAGGUCAAGGACAAGUCCAACCACGCCGUCAUCCUCGACAAGGCCACCGCCGAGAAACUGCAGAAGGAUGUGCAAUCGUACCGCCUCGUUACCGUCGCCGUGCUGGUCGAUAGGCUGAAGAUCAAUGGAUCGCUUGCGCGCGCGGCGCUGAAGGAUCUUGAGGAGAAGGGUACGAUCAAGAAGGUUGUGGCGCACAGCAGGGGGAACAUCUACACGAGAGCGGUUGGUGGCGGCGACUAA